GCAGGCGGAAAAGCCGAAGAUGAUCAAACAUAGCUUUAUUUAAUCAUGACUGAUUUACAAGCUAAGUAUCAGCGACUCGCGUCGGAGUAUUCAAAGCUGCGAGCCCAAAUUCCGGUGUUAAAAAAGGCUGUUUUUGAUGAACAGGAAAAUCAGAAUAAACUUAAGGAUGUCUUGAAGGAAAAAGAACAAGUUAUUCGCAAAUAUGAGCAAGAAAUCGACAGCUUGUCAUUCAGAAAUCAACAACUGUCCAAGAGGGUACUGUUUCUGCAGGAUGAAUUAGAGAGUGCUGAGGUCAGCAAAAAGAAAAGCAAGAAAGGUGGAGAUGAGCAUCACCAUGAGCCUCAGAAUUCUGUGGGAGCCAGUUCCGUCUUUGGGGAGGAGCUGAAGAGUAAAAUAGAAGAAAAUGCCAAACUUCACAAACAGGUUCAGGAGGCUGAGCAGAUGUACAAAAGUAAACUGUCCUCUCUGGAAGAGAACCUGUCCAAACUACAACUAGAGUCUGCUCAGCAUCAGGAAGUUCUCAAUGCUACAGUUCAGAGUAACAAGACUCAGACGGAUAAACUACAAGAAGAGAAGGCCAUGCUUGAGGUUCGCUUGCAGUCAGUAGAACAGGAGAUGAAAGAGGCCAAUUCCAGAGCUCAGAUUGCGGAGGGAAAGCUUGAUACAGUAUCCACUGAGCUUCAGUUUAGAUUGGAAAACGCUAACCGGAUCCUCUCUACUAAGUUACCCUUUAUUGACACAAAACACAGACACUUGAACUCACUUAAUGUCCCCACCCAUGACCGCAAACAUCAGCUGAGAGUGAAGGAACUGGUCAGUCAUUCAGUCAACUUAGUCAAGGAGCUGACCCAAGGGCUGUCUAACUUCUACACAUACUCUGAGCAGAGGUCCAAGAUUUACCCCUGUGAUAGUUCCUCAGAACCUCUCAGCCCUGUCAACGCUAAGUACUGUCAGUAUUUACAUGAGAACUUGGGCUUUUUGCGGCCUGUGGAGCAGUCAUUACGUCACUUCAUGGAGACCCUGAAGGAAGACUCCCUCACUACACUGGAAACUGCAGUGGAAGUCCAGGCCUUAGGUACCCACUUCAGGAAACUUGUGGAUUAUUUGAACAGAUUACUGCCUUACCAGUUACUAAGCAUAGAUGAGGAGUGUGCUUUAUCCUCGUGCCCGUCAACACUGGAGGCCAAGAACAGAGAACUCUACACAUCUCUGAAGAAACUCAACGCAGUAUUUAACAAAUUAGAGACGUACAUCAGCAUAAUAACAUCCCAGAGUAAAGGGGAGUCCUUUCGUCAUCCACCAGGUAGUUAUGGUUCCAUAUUUAAACAGCUGUGCAGCUGCCUGACGGAUCUGCAUGAAGCUGUAAAAGAGGUGUCCAAACACUACAAUUCCAAAGUGUCUCUAGAGCAUCAGUUACCGACUGCAACCCAGAAGUUAAAGACAACUGAUGAGUGUAUUGUGUCAUCACUGGUUACCCUGGUUACCACAACAGGAAAGUUUUCAGCAUUUUUGACGGGGAACCAGGAUUUCUUUGAGGAGCCGGCAGGGUACAGGACCAGAGGGAGCAGUGUGGUUGGGGGACUGAAUGAUAUCAAUCAGUCCAACCCCAUCGUGGCUACGUUCAGACAGCAAUCAGCUGCCUAUCUCUCCAGUCUAACCAGGCCAUCACCAGAAACAGUGCCUCACAAAGUGGCCCUGCAGAACCGACGCAUCUUAUUGAGCUCAGCGGAAAGUCGGGACAGCUUAGCGGGGCAGAUAACUUCAUUCCAAGAGAAGGUCAACAAACUAGAGCAAGAUAAGGAACAUUGGAUGUUAGAAUUGCAACUGCUUCAGAUUAAAUAUGAGAAAGAAAUUCAGAAAGGGAAAGAAUUGUCAAAGAAGCUGGAACAAACAGAAAACGCCCAUUCAAUAGGCUCUAUACAGGAUAACAUAGAUCAGCCACCUGUAUUGCCACUUUCAGGGGCGACAGAUAGUACCACAACCCCGUCUGUACAAACAUCCUUGUUGGGUAAGUUGGAGGUGACACCAGGAGGAAGCGACACAGACACAAGAGAGCAGCUGAUCAAAAACCACUUCUCUGGCCGUGUAAAUGAGCUGACAUCACAGCUGCAGACAGCCGACAGUAAAGCUGUCAACUUCCUGGCCGAGGUGAAGGCUUUGCAUAAGAGGCUGAAGAUUGCAGAACGAGCUAAGGACGGUGCUCAGGAAGAUUUAAGAGUGACCUCACAGGAGAUUACACAGCUUAGGGAUGAACUUCAGACAACUACACGGAGUUACGAGGGACAGCUAAGUAUGAUGAGUGAACACCUCGCUGGAAUGAACGAAAAAUUAGCGCUGCAGAAAGAUCAAAUAGAUGAGCUCACAGUGCAGCUUAGUUUAGCAAAGGGUGCCAAAAAAUCAAGGAAAUAAAGGUAUAUAGAAAAAAGUUUAACAAUAUUCCUUAUACUUUUAAUAGGCUAAGGCUGUGUUUCCAUGGACAUGCCAUUGUGUUUGCGAUUACACAAGAACUGUAAUGACAGCAAGAUUGGCAUUUUAACAAAUUAUUCCUUGCUAACUUUGAUCAAGAAAGGUUGCAUUUUGAUUGUACCCUAUCGCAUGUACUUUAUAUGAUGAGAUCAGUUGUCCUGACAUUACACUCUGAUAAAAACAGACACAGUGCAAUUUGGCAAUACAUUUCAGCAACAUUACAGUACUUUAUCAAACACAAUCCCAUGCUAUUGGAAACACAGCAGAAGAGUAUAAAUUUGCUAAAUUAUGAGAAGACAAUGGGGAUUUUAGAAAAUGUAUUUACAUGAACGUUUUCCUCUUACUCUUAAUUAAGUGCAACAUUGUGAUAAAGCUUUUUUUUUCUCAUUUAAGGACCUAACUUAAUAGAAACAAUUGCUCAUGUGUUAACCUGCAUUUAACACCAGGUUUAUUUGUUGCUUAUUACAUGCUCUAAAUCUUGAAGUGUUCACUUGAUAGUCACACAGAUCGCUUAUGUACAUAUUCAUGUAUAUGAAAUCAUAUAUAUAUAUACGUAUAUACAUUGUAUAUUACAUAUCAUAUAUGUAUAUCGGGAGAUUUAAAACAGCACUCUUGGUCAGGUUUUCAAGUAUCAGGUUUUGAGAUCCAUAGUCAUGUGUUACACAUGUGAGAAUAAUGUAAAUAUAAGGAGCAAAAAUGUUCAGUUUGUCAUUUAUAGCAUAUGCCCAGGACGACUUUGUCAUCUUUAUUUGGGCUUGAAGGACAGGGCUGACAGACGAAAUAUUUCAUCAAGUGCCAAGUGAUAAGAUAUAAUCUCAAGAGUUACCCUGUAUAACCAAAAAAUUUGACCACAAAAGAGCAUUUUUGGAGGCAGAUAAAUGUCAAAAGAUAUUAUUUGUGGUGGCAAAAUUUACAUUUCCCGGUUAGGAUAUCAUCAGACCUUACAAGCAAAUCUAAAAGCACCUUUCUAAUAUGAGUAGAAGUCCCAGAAUCUGGAAAAAUGAGAAACUUAGGCAUGAAUGAAAUUUUAGGUCAUUUAGGGUACACAUUUAAGAACGACUUUUGGGCAGACGAUGAUAUUUCAUCAGUAAUACAUGUUGUAUACAUACAGGUAUGCUCAAAAGAUUCAUGCCACCUCAGAUCUUUUUACUGUAAUGUAUAGUGCUUUCUUCUCUUGUCUUUUCAUGUCAAGUGUCAACGAGCCUUAUUGACUAUCUGAAGUUUUAGAUUAGUCUGUAUUGUUGAUUUUUCAUUUUUCCAAGCUAUGGAAAGUAUGAAGUAUAUGAAGUAGAGAAGAGUGUAUGAAGUAUAUAAAGUAGGGAAGAGUGUAUGAAGUAUAUGAAGUAGGGAAGAGUGUAUGAAGUAUAUGAAGUAGAGAAGAGUGUAUGAAGUAUAUGAAGUAGAGAAGAGUGUAUGAAGUAUAUGAAGUAGGGAAGAGUGUAUGAAGUAUAUGAAGUAGAGAAGAGUGUAUGAAGUAGAGAAGAGUGUAUGAAGUAUAUGAAGUAGAGAAGAGUGUAUGAAGUAGAGAAGAGUGUUUGAAGUACAUGAAGUAGAGAAGAGUGUAUGAAGUAUAUGAAGUAGAGAAGAGUGUAUGAAGUAUAUGAAGUAGAGAAGAGUGUAUGAAGUUUAUGAAGUAGAGAAGAGUUUAUGAAGUAUAUGAAGUAGAGAAGAGUGUAUGAAGUAUAUGAAGUAGAGAAGAGUGUAUGAAGUAGAGAAGAGUGUUUGAAGUACAUGAAGUAGAGAAGAGUGUAUGAAGUUUAUGAAGUAGAGAAGAGUUUAUGAAGUAUAUGAAGUAGAGAAGAGUGUAUGAAGUAGAGAAGAGUGUAUGAAGUUUAUGAAGUAGAGAAGAGUGUAUGAAGUUUAUGAAGUGGAGAAGAGGGUAUGAACUAUACACGUUUAUGUAAGAACAUAAUCAAAGCAUUGGCACAUUGGUGUGAUGACCGUCAGAUACAUUUGGAUGCAAAUCUAUACAACAAAUUACUUUUACUAAUAUUACUGCAUCCUUUUGUACAGAAAUGAUUCUUUAAUAUUGUUUGUGAAUUGUAUAACUGAUAUUGUAUAAUACGCAAGCAUUCGUCACGUAAUACAAAUAAAACCGGUAGCAAAACAUCAUCAUGCACAUAAAGCCGGUAUGAUGAAGGUUUUUAUGUUUGUUUUUUAGCUGGUACAAACUUGUCUGCGGUCACAUCUAGGCAUGUGUUACUAUGACAGAUUCAGUGAUAUUGUUGUCUUUGUUAUUUGCUCAUCACGAAAUCCUCGUGAGCAGACUGAAAUUUGUGUCAUUCUUUGUUCAAGUCAGUAAAGCAUAUCUCAGUCACAUUCUGAUACUUAAAAGCAUAUUUUAGAUAACCUUUUGACUGUAAAGCAUGUUGUAAUAUCUUGCUAGUUCUGUUAUGCAGAGAAAGUGAUGAAGUACAGUCAUUCUUCAACCUUUUGAACUGCCUCUGUAACCAAUGUUUUGCAACAUUCUGAGAAAACUAUGUGGUGUGGAGAAAUAAUUUGCACAAACAAAUCAUUUACACAAUGUUGAAAUGUUCCUGAUUAAGACUCUACUGUGAAAAAGGAAACACAAUCACAUGAAUUGUGUAAACCUUCUUGUAUACAAGAGAAGCGAAGCGGAAAAUAAAACGUAAACUCGUGCAAAUGUACUGAAUACCAUGGAGCAUUGAAUAAUGGUUACAUAACCAGUAAAGCAAUCCCUACUUGCAAUGAAAGUCAUUCUCUCUGAAUAAAGAGAUACUUAGUUUGAGUUGAACAUCACAAUCAAAACAAUAUUGGCCAUAUCAGAAUCUUAUAAGGCUAACAAGAGGGUUAGAAGGUUCUCGUAUAUGUAAUGUUUGUUCAUUGAGUAUCAUCUCUCAGAAGUUGUCGGAUAUGAUUCCCUACCCUGUCACAAUGAGCAAGCACUUGCAUCUGGCUAUUGAGUGAAGAAAUUACCGAAUUUUACAUAAAAAUUCGUCCAAAAAUACGUCCAUAAAGGCAUUUUUAAAUGUAAGUAAAGGUUUUUUUGCUUAAACUUAAUUUGAGUAUCAUCCUACCCUCCAACCAAACUUGAAAAUACCUUUCAACAAUCAAUUGAACUCUCACAAUCAGGCAAAAUGUUUAACGUAAUCUUAAAUCCAAUAUUAUGUCAAUUACAACUUUAACUCAAUCAGUAAUCUAUUGACAUACUUAUUUUUUUUUAAUUGGAUUGUUGUUUUUGAGCAGACCUUUUGCUGCUGGCAGAAGAGUGCAAUAAAACAUCAUAGAUGACUGAAAAUGCACAUAUGUACAUACUUGUUACGUUAUGGAUUUGUGUAUAUGUGCUGUGCUGUACAAGUACUUGUAAAGGGAGCUAGAAUCAGUUUGUUUCCUCUGGGCAUUUGUGUAUAUGAUUAGCAAAGGAAAAUCAUGCUGAACUUCUGAGUAUCAGUGUAUGUACUGUGCCACAGAUAACAAUAAAAGAUGUCACCAACUUACUUCUGCCUUUUGGCAAUUGUGUUACUUUAACGUGUGUUUAGUUUAUGGUGGAAAUAGUGGUUUUGGGUUGUGUAGGACUACUUUGCUACAUUAAAUACCAUUUUGAGAGAAACAAUUAUUUCUGUGUCGGAAAUUCAAUAUAUAUAUUGAUGUAUUCCCUGAUGAUGAUGGUAAUGGUUUUCAAAACACUGACUGGG